AUGGCAUGUGGUAGACAAGAAAGGAACACUGAAGGUUCUAACACUCACAGAGAGCAAGAUCACCCGUUGGAUGGAGGACAUGAUCUGGCAGACACAAUUCGUCAACUGAUGGAGAUAAUGAAGCAGCAACAAGAGAUCAUCCUUAGACAGAAUCAAACCUUCGAGAUCAGCGGUUGUACUGAAGAGCAAAAAGUACAGUACAUUGGCCAUCUACUACAAGGAGAAGUUGGUAUCUGUUGGGAUACCAAGAGACAGCUGCUGGUGCGAGAGCUUGGUAACAUAGCUACUUUAACCUGGGAUAGAUUCAAGGAUGUGUUUGACAAUAGAUUCUUCCCGGAAUCAGUUAAGCAGCAAAAAGCACAGGAGUUUGCAACCUUGGUGCAAGGAAGCCUCACAGUUGAGCAAUACGCUGCUAAAUUUAUGGAGCUAGAAAGGUUUGCUCCACACCUGAUAGCCACUAAAAAGAUGCAGGCUCAAAAGUUCCAAAGUGGACUGCAACCUCGAAUUCGUAGUUACGUAGCAGGUUUUUGCAUUGAUAACUUCCAGGAGUUAGUCAAUGUGGCCGCAAUAACAGAAGUAGAGCAACGAAACAUUGCGGCUCAAAUUAGCAUGGAGAGGAAAAGGGUUUCUCCCUUCACUAUGGAAGGAAGUAACAUCAAGAGGAGGAUAGUACAAGGAUCUAACAAGGGAAAGGGCAUUAUGCCUAUCCUUCCUGCUACCAGUCGAAAGUGUGUAAAGGUCCACAAUGGAGAAUGCAAAUUUGUAUUGGGGGUAUGCUUCAAAUGUGAUCAACCUGGCCAUAUGAUUCGUGAAUGCCCUCAAAGUACACAAGGAGGCAAAAAUGCUCCUAACCCUAGUAACAAGCUGAAUCAUAGGCCACCUGCCCAAGCCCACGUUUACGCUAUUACCCCCGGUGAUAUGGAUGAGGAAGCACCAUGA